UUAGAGAGCAAGGAUUAUCAAGUUUGUGUCUAAUGGAUUUUUCUCUUCCUUCCAAUCCUCAAGAGGAGAGAGGCGAAGUCUCCACCAAGGAGCACAGCGAUCUCCUAUCCUCGCUACCAAAACAUAAAGGAUUUUUUGCGCAUCCCCUCAGAAUGUACAAAGGGUUUUGGGUCCAUGAAAAUAUGCUUCCACGCGUGAUGGCCCUCCAAGAUCACUUCAAGCCUCGUCCCUCCGACCUCAUCCUCGUCACCCAGCCCAAAUCCGGCACCACCUGGCUUAAAGCACUUCUGUUCGCUAUCAUGAACCGCACCAACUACACCUUCGCUCAACACCCUCUGCUCACCCGCAACCCCCAUGCAUGUGUGCUCUUCUUAGAGGUCCCCUUUCGCCAUCGAUUCCCCGAUCUGGAGGCGAUCCCUCCGCCGAGGCUCCUCGCCACCCACUUGCCUUACUCCAUAUUGCCGUCCUCUGUGGCCGACUGCGGUUGCCGGCUAGUUUAUCUCUGCCGAGACCCCAAGGAUGUGGUGGUCUCGUUGUGGCACUUCGCGCAAAAGCUCAAGCCCGACACCAUGGGGCUGAGCGAAGCCUUCGAGUUGUUUUGCGAUGGGUUCUCAUUUUCCGGGCCGAUCUGGGAUCAUAUGCUCGAGUACUGGAGGGAGAGCCUAAGGAGGUCGGAAAAGGUGCUGUUCUUGAAGUACGAGGAGAUGAUGACCGAGCCGGUGGGGAACGUGAGAAGGCUAGCCGAGUUCGUGGGGCGUCCCUUCUCGGAGGAGGAGGAGAAGGAUGGGGUGGUGGAGGAGAUUGUACAACUGUGCAGUUUUGAGAAGCUCAGCAAUAUGGAGGUAAAUAAAAAGGGUGUAUACGAAGUAGGGGAGACAACUGUGCCGCACGAGUCGUUUUUCAGAAAAGGUAAGGUUGGAGAUUGGGCAAAUCAUUUGAGUCGUGAAAUGGGGGAGGCGUUGGACCGAAUUGUCCAAGAGAAGCUGGCUGGAUCCGGUCUGACCUUCCAAGCAUCGUGAAUUCUCAGAGACGCUUGCCUGUGCGCGCUAGGUAUGCAUGCAAAAAAAUUCUCCAGCCUACUGAUGAUGGGGUGGCACCUCAAUAUUCAUCUCUUUUUCAUGUAUCGCAUCUAAUCCCGUAAAGCAUUAAAGCUGUGCUUCCCUUCUGUACGUGUGCGACCAUCUUCUUACUUAUUCAAGAUGCCUUUUCAUGCGGCAAGAAUCGUCUAGUUUGAGAUUAAUAUUUAAACAUGAAUCUUAAAAUAAGUUAUUAAA